CAUGCCGCGGUAGGUAACAACGUUGGUGUGGUACGGCCCAAACGGCCGAACCCCCAACGCAGCAGCUAAAAACUCUGCUGCCGGCGCUAGGAACACUCCCGCAGCUCCUCUCUGGACGAGACGAAUCGAAGCCGAUCCGAGUUUCCAAAUGCCGCAGGCGCAGGCUAGGGCGGUCCUGCCGGUGGUGCUCCUCGGCUGCGGCGGCGUCGGCCGCCACCUCCUCCGCCACAUCGUCUCCUGCAGACCUCUCCACGCCAACCAGGGCGUCGCCAUCCGGGUGGUGGGCGUUGCCGACAGCUCCUCGCUGCUCGUCGCAGACGACGUCCGCGCCAGCGGCCUCGAUGACGCGCUCCUCAACGACCUCUGCUCCGCCAAGUCCGCCGGCUCGCCCCUGUCCUCGCUGCUCGCUCGCGGGCACUGUCAGGUGUUCAACAAGCCGGAGGCAAUGGGGAAAGUAAUCGAUGCUGCUACCAUGCUUGGAAGAACAACCGGUCUGGUGAUAGUUGAUUGUUCUGCAACUUAUGACACUGUUGGUGUGCUGAAGGAUGCCGUGGAUCAUGGAUGCUGCGUUGUUUUGGCAAACAAAAAACCUCUUACAUGUGCUUAUGAGGAUUUUAAAAAGUUGACGUCCCACUUCCGUCAGAUAAGAUUUGAAUCUACUGUUGGAGCAGGUUUGCCUGUAAUAGCUUCUGUAACCCGCAUUAUUGCAUCUGGAGAUCCAGUUUCCCGAAUCGUUGGCAGUCUGAGUGGUACACUUGGCUAUGUGAUGAGUGAGCUGGAGGAUGGAAAAAAAUUUAGUGAAGUUGUGAAAACUGCCAAGGCUCUUGGUUAUACAGAACCAGAUCCACGUGAUGAUCUCAGUGGGAUGGAUGUGGCUAGAAAGGCGUUGAUCCUAGCUAGGCUUCUCGGGCAGCAGAUCAGCAUGGAGAAUAUCAAUGUUGAGAGUUUAUAUCCGAGUGAGUUAGGACCUGAGGUUAUGCCCACAACGGAUUUCCUUGAGAGUGGGUUGGCAAAACUUGAUGAGACGAUUGAAGCAAAGGUCAAGGCAGCAUCUUUGAGGGGAAAUGUUCUGCGCUAUGUUUGUGUCAUUGGAAACACAGGGUGCCAAGUCGGCCUUCAAGAGGUCCCAAAAGAUUCUGCACUGGGAAGGUUGAGGGGAAGUGACAAUGUGGUGGAGAUAUACAGCAGAUGCUACGAGAGCUCCCCGCUGGUGAUCCAGGGUGCAGGAGCCGGGAACGACACCACCGCUGCAGGAGUUCUCGCUGAUAUAAUCGAUCUCCAAGAUCUUUUCCAGACAAGAGCGUGAUUGCCUUGUUUUAGCACCAAGGAGUUUGAUUAUUGAGUUGUAUAUGAUCGACCGUAUUGUCCAUUGAACUGAAAUUGGUUUUUGGCGUUUGAGGUUGUAUGCACAUUUUCGGUCAUGUUUGGCUGCUGUUGAUGUUCAGAGUUGCCAUGCGUUCGUGUCACACGUGUAGCACUUAUCAGGGUUCAUAAUUUUUGCUUUU